UCCCAUAAUUUUCAUACUAACCGCUAUUUUCAAUAUAACUCGCCUACAUUGCUGCCGCCGCCGUCACCACCACUGUCAGUGGCUUAGGCCAUCGCAAUUUGUAAUUGAGGGUGCGCACUGUUCUGCAAUGGAGGGGAUGCCUUAUGCUUCCUUUACGAGCUUUGCAACAAAAUCGUUGUCGUUUGCUUCUCUGUCACCAUCUCCAAUCGUAACCCUCCGCCAAAAGAGUCAGAAAAAUACUCUAAAAUCAGUAUCUCCUCGAAAGCUUGUUAUCUGUGCUUCAUCUGCUUCUAGUUCAGGGUCAGUUGUGACGUUGCUUGAUUAUGGAGCUGGAAAUGUUCGGAGCUUAAGGAAUGCGAUUCGCUACCUUGGGUUCGAGAUAGAGGAUGUGCAAACUCCUAAAGACAUUUUGAAUGCAGAACGCCUUAUCUUUCCGGGUGUCGGGGCAUUUGCUUCGGCCAUGGAUGUACUUGUCAAGACAGGGAUGGAUGAAGCAUUACAUACCUAUAUAAAAAAUGACCGCCCAUUUCUGGGCAUUUGUCUUGGACUUCAACUACUUUUUGAGUACAGUGAAGAGAAUGGACCAGUAAAUGGUCUUGGCUUGAUACCUGGUGUGGUUGGGCGGUUUAACUCUUCUAAUGGUUUUAGAGUGCCGCAUAUUGGCUGGAAUGCUUUGCAAAUUGCAAAAGACUCUGAAAUUCUGGAGGACGUUGGAGAUCAACAUGUCUACUUUGUUCACUCUUAUCGUGCCAUGCCAUCAGAUGAUAACAAGGAAUGGGUUUCAUCUACAUGCAACUAUGGUGAUGAUUUUAUUGCGUCUAUUAGAAGGGGAAAUGUGCAUGGAGUUCAGUUCCAUCCAGAGAAGAGUGGAGAUGUUGGUCUUUCUAUAUUGAGAAGGUUCCUACAACCAAACUCACGAGGGACAAAGAAUCCUACUCAAGGGAAGGCUUCAAAACUUGCUAAGAGGGUUAUUGCUUGUCUUGAUGUUAGGACAAACGAUAAAGGGGAUCUUGUUGUGACCAAAGGGGACCAGUAUGAUGUAAGAGAGCACACAAAAGAGAAUGAGGUGAGAAACCUUGGCAAGCCAGUAGAGCUUGCUGGACAGUAUUACAAAGAUGGGGCUGAUGAGGUCAGUUUUCUGAACAUUACUGGCUUCCGUGACUUCCCAUUAGGCGAUUUACCAAUGCUGCAGGUAUUAAGACAUGCUUCAGAAAAUGUUUUUGUUCCACUCACAGUUGGAGGUGGUAUACGUGAUUUUACAGAUGCAAAUGGCAGGUACUAUUCUAGUGUGGAAGUUGCUUCAGAGUACUUUAGGUCUGGGGCUGAUAAAAUUUCCAUUGGGAGUGAUGCGGUUUAUGCGGCAGAAGAAUAUUUAAAAAGCAAAGUAAAGACGGGAAAAAGCAGCUUAGAACAAAUUUCUAGAGUUUACGGAAACCAGGCUGUAGUUGUAAGCAUUGAUCCUCGUCGAGUAUACCUUAAAAGUCCUAAUGAUGUCGAAUUCAAGGCUAUAAGAGUCACAAAACCAGGUCCAAAUGGAGAAGAAUAUGCUUGGUAUCAGUGUACGGUUAAUGGUGGACGUGAAGAUCGACCGAUUGGAGCUUAUGAGCUCGCAAAAGCAGUUGAAGAACUGGGAGCUGGAGAAAUACUAUUGAACUGCAUCGAUUGUGAUGGUCAAGGAAAAGGGUUUGAUAUAGAUUUAGUAAAGUUGAUAUCAGAUGCUGUCAGCAUCCCUGUAAUUGCAAGCAGUGGUGCUGGUGCAGUUGAACACUUUUACGAGGUAUUCACAAAAUCAAACGCAUCGGCUGCUCUUGCCGCCGGCAUUUUCCAUCGGAAGGAGGUUCCAAUUCAGUCUGUAAAAGGACACUUGUUGAAGGAAGGUAUCGAAGUAAGGAUCUAAUCAAAUCUGCAAACUUUUAAAUCUCAUCUGUUUUGGACGUUUUAAUGCAUUUUUGGGUUUGAUUUGUACAACUAGGAUGUUGAAUUUAGUUUGAUCUUCAUUCUUG